CGGAGAAAGGUAGAGAGGUGGCAGAGGGACAGAGAUCUCGAGGGGGAGGGAGGGGUGAAGACGAUAGAGAGGAAGGAAAGGUACGGAAUCACGAGGACGAAGACCGUGGAAGAUAGAGGAGAGACAAGAAACGGGUCGUGUGUCUCCGUUUCGUUUCGUCCGAGAACAAUACUCUUACGAAGAGAAGGACGGAGGAACAAGCGACAGCCACGAACGAGACGUCGAGGAGGAAGCGGGACAUGCUGGAACCACGCUGGAGACCCGUCCAGGGACACAUCGGUGAGAAUCCGUUCGACAACGGUUCCUGGGGCAAGGAGCAGUUUCAACCAUCCGCGGUUCCUUGGCAGCUGAAUCCGCGCGGCCACGCUCGUCCCAGUGACGAUGGCAUAAUGGAUCAUGACACAGACGGAGACGGCGCGAUCAACUUGUCAACGUCCCAGCGUCCCUCCGCCGCCACCACCCCUAAUGGUGACACCCCCACGUACGGACAGGAUCCGCAAGACAACGACCAGGCAACUUCGCUGUUUGCAGCCCUGAAGCAGCAGCAACAGCAACCUCGCGACACUGUACCGGCGCCUUCGUCGACAAGGGACCGUGAGAAUCGAGAACGUGAACGUCUCUCGGUCCGCAACCGCGAGAACAACCGGGGCAACAACGAGAUCGGUGGCAGCGUGACAGAGCAACAGCAGCAGGAGCUAACGAUCGAGUACCAAAGCAAUGGGAAGCUCAGUCCCGCUGGGCACGCAGUGACAACAGCACCCAUGACCCAGCAAAAGCAGCCAAUCAUCACGCAGCAACCGCAACAGCCGAGUUCUGGGGCGCCUGGUCCCCAACCGAGUCCACAUCAGAGUCCGCAGGCCCCGCAGAGGGGUUCACCGCCGAAUCCGUCGCAAGGUCCUCCACCUGGAGGACCGCCAGGGGCGCCACCCUCUCAGAAUCCCGCGCAGAUGAUGCUCAGCCCGGCGAGCGGCAUCCAUCAGAUGCAGCAGCUCCUUCAGCAACAUAUUCUCAGCCCCACGCAACUGCAGUCAUUCAUGCAGCAGCACACCCUCUAUCUGCAGCAGCAACAGCAGCAGCAUCAUCAGGACUCCUCCUCGGAGCACGCGUCGAACCAGGACCGAUUCGGCUACUUUUCGUCCCUAAAAGACCAUCAACACCAGUUUGCGGAGCUCGGCAGGAAGAAGCUCGAGCAGGCGAUACAGCAACUGCAGGAACAGUUGCAGCUGAACGUAAUUCAGCAAACGCAUCUGUUGCAAACCGCGGACAAGAAAAAGGCGUCGGCACCCUUACAACAGCUGGCGCUUCAACAGCAACGCUUGAUACAGCAAUUGCAGAUCACGCAGAGCCAGUACCUUCUUCAACAGGGACUGGGUCUUCAGGGACACAAUCCUUCCUCGGGUCUACAGCCAGGCGAGGGUCUGCCAAUAUGGAAGACGGAACCACCGGAAGUCCCGGAAUCCCAUCAGAAUUCCAACGUUCCGAAAUCAGGCAGCGGACUGAACGUGUCGAGUCGACGGUCGGAGAUGAACGGCACCACGCAGCUGGACGAGAAACCGUUGGACGUGUCUUCGAACGACAAGACUCAUCCCCUAUACGGUCAUGGGGUCUGCAAGUGGCCGGGCUGUGAAGUAAUCUGUGAAGACUAUCAAGCAUUCCUUAAGCACUUAAACACGGAACACACACUGGACGACAGAUCGACGGCGCAGGCUAGGGUUCAGAUGCAGGUUGUCUCCCAGUUGGAGAUUCAGUUGCAGAAGGAACGGGAUCGGCUGACCGCCAUGAUGCAUCAUCUGCACGUGGCGAAGCAAAUGGCCUCUCCCGAACCACCAAAGUCAUCCGAGUCGUCGACCGGCUCGAGUAUACCAAAGUUAAAUCUCACCACCGCUUUGAUGAGCCAGCCACCUCCGAACUUCGGCGUGUCCCAAGUGUCCCCGGUCUCGAUGUCCGCGUUGGUCUCCGCGGUUAGGUCGCCAGCGGGUGGACAGAUGCCACCAUCGGCCGGUGGCGCUCCAAUGCCACCGAUUCCGAACAUGUCGAACAUGUCCGGUAUGCCACCGUUGCCGAACAUGCCUGGCAGCAUGCCCACGAUGCCGACAAUGCCCAGCUUAGCGGGGCCCAUCAGACGGCGUAUCAGUGACAAAUCCGCGCUCUCGUUGGCAGGAGGACUGUAUGACGAGGGCACUGUAAGGCGCAGAGUAGCCGUCGAUAGAUCUGGAAUAGAUAUUAACGAAGAGAUUCAACGAAACAGGGAGUUCUACAAGAACGCAGACGUCAGACCGCCAUUCACGUAUGCAUCAUUGAUUCGACAGUCGAUCAUCGAGUCCCCGGAGAAGCAGCUUACGCUGAACGAGAUCUACAAUUGGUUCCAGAACACCUUCUGCUACUUCCGACGCAACGCGGCCACGUGGAAGAACGCAGUGCGACACAACCUGUCUCUCCACAAAUGUUUCAUGCGAGUCGAAAACGUGAAAGGCGCCGUAUGGACGGUGGACGAAGUGGAGUUUUACAAGAGACGUCCUCAACGCGCUUGCAGCACGACCGGGGGUGUCCCGUCGAAGAGUCCAACCCUAACGCACAGCCCGACCAUGUACGGUGACGCGUUGAACGCCAAUCUCCAGGCGGCGCUCGGGGACUCCAAUAUGGGUUUUCUAAACAACACGAUGUGCACGUCGACGACGACGAGCCCCGACAAGGAGCACGUGUUAGCCCACAACGACUUAAUGUCACCGUUGGAUGAACCAGCCGUGCACAUAAAGCAAGAAGGCCAGAGCCCGGAGGGGGGUAAGCUCACGAGAUUAAUAAAACGGGAGCUGAUCGACGCGCCCGCGGAACAAGAAGGCGACGACGAUCAGGUGGACGAGAGGGAGUAUCCGGAGAGUCACGGGCACGAUUCCGGCCAGGACGAGGACAUGGCGGAGGACCUAUCGAUGGCGCCCGACAUAAUGACUCCGGAGGAUCAGAUCGAGGCGUAGUAUCGUUCCAUGAGCAUCGAAUAGGUUCGAGCUGUCGCUUCGAGGCCCGGGGUCGCGGGUGGACGAACGAUACAGAUUCCUCUUCUCCGUCGACGUGGGGUCGAGAAACCGUGGGCGUGGGAGGGGGGGGGUGGACAAAAAACGUGUAGAACGAAACGAAGUCGCAUCGAACGGAGAGGAAGACUACGCGAAAGACGAACGAUCAAUGCCCUAUAGGAUCACCACUCCACUCCUCCUUCGUAAGAGACCCACAUUACUCAUCAUAUCCGAAGCCGUAACGCUUUAGAAGCGGCUUUACAAAAGGUAAAAAAAAAAAAAAAUAAAAAGAAAGAAAGGAAGAAGAAGACUAAACGAACAGGAAGCGCCCCCGUAGACUGUGCGCGUAAUCGGUCGCGACGAAAAUGUCGACGAUAGUCGACGGUGAUUUCGGGACUGCGCGAUCCUUCGAUCCAUAUCCUUACUCAAGCAAUUGCGAACAACGAUGUAUAUUCUGUUCUCUCCUUCCGUUUCAUUUCGGAAUCGCGGUUAUAUCUAUAUACAUACACAUAAAUAUACAUAUGUAUCUCUCUCUUUCACAGACACACACACACAUA